AUGGAUACGCUGCAGGUGUCGCACGGCCACAGCAAGGGAUCUAGUAGGAGCCAAUCGCCGGCUACCGAGCUGGCGAGGGAUCCGGCCGUGGUGACCGAUGACGUCAUCCGCUCUAGAGUGCAAUCGCCGUCCACCGUGCACCAUGUCGUCAGUGAGCCGUCUUCGUCGUCGUCGUCCCGGCACGGUGAGCGCCCGCAUCACGUCAAGUCUCACUCGCGGGACUUGGGCAACAGCCCGCUCUCUGCAAACACCACCGGCAACAGUUCCAGAGACCUGGAAGACUCACCUCAGAAGAAAAUCCUAUCGGGUCUCAUAGCACCCGGCGAUUAUUCCGGUCCUGUCUACAGUCCUAACGUGUCUUACGCGCUCUCUUCCGAUGAGUAUGGUUCGCCCGCUUAUAGAGGUCAAGACGGAGAUUACUCAAAUCAAGAUGAAAGCGAUGGCGCUAACGUGACGUCAUCGAAAGCUCUAGCGGCCAUUGCGCAUCUAAACUCCAAGAUUGAACGCACCAAGGACCUGAUACGGUUAGAACAGACAAUAAGAGACGACAACGUAAACGAAUACCUCAAGUUAGCGGCGAACGCUGAUAAACAACAGCUGCAACGUAUAAAGGCAGUGUUCGAGAAAAAAAACCAGAAGAGUGCUGUGUGCAUCGCACAGUUACAGAAGAAACUAGAGGGUUACAAUAAGAAGAUUAAAAAUUGGGAGCAACAUGGCACAAGCGGGCAAGCGCACAGACCUAGAGCAGUAUUACGUGAUAUGGGACAGGGACUUAAAAACGUGGGUGGCAACAUAAGAGAUGGCAUCACCGGUCUGGGCGGUAGCGUGAUGGCGGCGCCCAGGGAAUUCGCUCAUCUCUUCUCCAGGUCCAACCGUUUUGGUUCAGCGGACAACAUCUCACAGUUAGCCGGGUCCCGCGCGUCCGAGGCGGGCGAGGCGGCUGCGCCCCGCGGGUCCACGCUGCCGCGCGCGGCCACCUCCCCCGCGCCCAAGUACUCCCCCGACGCCUCCCCUAGCUCCUCUGUCACCAGCGAGGGCGCGCCUUAUCCGACACAAACGGGCUCCAACAACAUUUCAGAACCAACGUUCACUAUAAAACCUAUAUUGAAUGAGUUGCGGGAGCGCAGAGAAGAUUACGAACGUUUAGCAGAGAAAAUCGAUGCGCUAAAGAGUUUAUCACAGGAGGUAUCAUUCUUAUCGGCGGCGUUACAAGAGGAAAGGUUCAAGACGGAAAGACUGGAGGAACAAAUCAAUGAUCUCACGGAACUGCAUCAAAAUGAGGUGGAGAAUUUGAAACAAGCUUUAACAGACGUCGAGGAGAAAGUGCAGUACCAGAGUGAGGAAAGGAUACGAGACAUACACGAAGCUUUAGACCUAUGUCAGACUAAGAUUAGUAAACUGGAGCAGUGGAUGGCGGGCGGGGGCGGCGGCGGUGGGGGCGCGGGCGGGGGCGGGGAGGCGAUGGGCGCGGGCGCGCUGCCGCCGCGGCUGCUGCUGGUGAAGCUGCUCAACGUGGCGCUCACGCUGCUGCAGCUCGCGCUACUGCUGGUGGCCACAGUGGCCGGCGUCGCGAUGCCGUUCCUGCGCACCAGAGUACGCGUGCUCACUACAAGUGUAGCGGUAAUGGUUGGCGUUAUGGUGCUCAAGCAGUGGCCUGAAGUCACUCAACUGUCGGAACAUCUCGCGCGGCGUCUCAAGGAGUACCUGCUCGAUAAACACCAUGACAGGUAUGAAUGCAAGUCAUUAUGUGGUUGA